GAUGGACCAAAAGGUUGCUAUGACAUCGGUUUGCCUUCCAAAAAGCCACUGUUCCAGAUAUUUGUGGAGAAGAUUCGGCGUUUGGUCACCAUGUCCAGCGAGGCGGGUGGCCCAAAACCUUGGAUGCCCUUCCUGGUGAUGACCAGCCCCAUGACGCACAAGCAAACCGUGGACUUCUUUGAGCAGCACAGCUACUUUGGCAUGACAAAGGAAGAUGUUUGGUUCUUUGAGCAGGGCACCAUGCCCUGCCUGACCCCUGAGGGGAAAAUCAUCUUGGAGUCUCCAGGGAGUAUAGCUUGCAACCCUUAUGGCAACGGGGGGGUGUAUCCGGCCUUAAAGAAGUCUGGCUGUUUGGACAAACUCCUCUCCACUGGGGUGAAGAGCCUCCAUGUUUUCUCAGUUGACAAUCCUCUUUGCAGACCAGCAGAUCCUCGUUUUGUCGGGUACUGUCUGUCGAAGAAUGCAGACUGCGGAAACAAGUGCGUUUGGAAAGCUUCACCUGAGGAGAAAGUGGGAGUAAUGGCAAAGAAGGGUGGUCGGCCAAGCGUGGUGGAGUACAGUGAACUAGACGAUGCUCGGAAGACCCUGCGCGAUUCCAAUGGAAGACUUGUUUUUGGCGCUGGCAACAUUUGCAAUCACUUUUUCUCCGUGGACUUCUUGACAGAAGUGGUGGUGCCAAAGAUGUCCACCAUGUUCCACUUGGCUCACAAAAAGAUUCCAUACGCAGGAGAAGACGGCAAACCCGUGAAGCCUGAGAGCAACAAUGGUGUGAAAUUGGAAGCAUUCAUUUUCGAUGUGUUCCCAAUGAGCAGCCGGAUUGCCAUCUUGGAGACCUUCCGAGAGGAAGAGUUUGCCCCGGUGAAAAAUGCACCAGGGACAGCAUCAGACAGUCCCGACAGUGCAAGAAGCAUGGUGAACCUGUUGUGCCGCAAGUGGGUGGAAAAGGCAGGUGGCAAGAUUGAUGGAGAUGCAAAUGCCGUUGUGGAGGUUUCUCCGCUUGUCUCCUACGCCGGUGAAGGCCUGACAGAACGAGUGGCUGGGAAGACCAUCAGUGCACCGUGUCACUUGGAAUGACGGGCAGAUUUCCCAGGCGCACAGACAGCCAAAUUGUAGAAAUGUGUAGGGAGAUCACCUUGCGGUCCAAGGCAUGACACGGCCAGUGAAAGUACUGGCUGUGUGAAACGUUGAAUGAAAGAAGGUAGUGGCUGUGGCAGAUGAGCAUGAAACAUUCAUGAAACUGUAGUCAGCACUUUACAUGUUGCCACUCGCCCAUUGAUUCCAAGCGAGACCAAAGCAGCCUCUGAUGAGA